CCUCCUUCUCCCCUUUAUCAUAUUCCCUUCCCUCUCCACAUCCCCACCUCCGUCCUCUUCCUGCCCUCCUCAUCUCCCUUCAGCAUCCUCCCUUCCACCCUGUUGCCACUGUUUAUUCUGCAAAAACUCCAGCACUUAGGUCAGCCUAGGGGAAAGGAGGUUGCCCGGAGAGGGCCCCCUAGCCCGGGCCCGGGGCUCCGACUGUUCUCUGCCGGGACCACCCAGGCCCAGACGCCCCCAGGGCGCCUCACAGGUCGCAGAGUUGGCGGCCAGGCCGCUUCUGGGGGCAUGUGCCUGGUGGCGAACACGCCUUCCGAACCAGCACAGGAGAGAAGGGAGGGGCGCAGCGGUUGACGCUUCCCUGGUCAAUCUUGUCGACCCGCCCCACCUGCGCUUUUCAACGCCAGUCAGUGUGUUUAUUUCCAAAGGCGUCGGGGCUCAUGUCAUUCACGUCUUUGUAAGGAAAGAAUCCAAAAAAUAGGACCAAAGCUGCCGAGGAGGGGACGGGGAGCUCUGUAAUUUAUUUUCUAACAGAACAAGGGAGGUUUGCUGCACCCGACGGCCCGUAGGGGAGGCGGGGACCGAGCUACCGACGCGAAUCGGAGUUGGCGGGUUUUUUGUUUUUUUUUAAAAAAAAAAGUAAGGGGGGGAAACUAGAAUUCCCAAUACAUAUAUAUCAAACUGAUUCCCCCUUUUCGUAUGCCGGAUGCUGCAUGGGUAUGACACACCAAUAAACGGAGACUGCAUGACACUCGCCUCAAGCCUCAGUUGGUCCUUGGCGUUCGUCCACUGUGCCAGCGGUACUGCCUCCCUGCGGGCAGAGCCUACUGGGUGAUAUGCGCAUGCGUCUUCCAGGUGGCCAUCUUUACUGUGGGCCGAAGCCUUUUAUGCGAGUUUCCCCCUCCUGCGCAUGUGCAAGUUUUCCCUUGCUUUCCUCUUCUAAGUAGCUUUGUAGAACCAAUCCUCCCGCGCCGUAUCUGUGCGCCUACAUACUGUGACCCUUCGCGCCGGAGAGGCGGGUCUUAGCUCCAGGUGCAUACCGCGGCUGAGGUGGCGCGUACCCGAACUGCAAGGUCUGAAAAGAAGGCGCCCUGUCUAGGUGUGGCACGGGCCGGCGGGCGGGCGGCGGCGGCGGCGUGAAGGCGAGAAGAGUGGGUCUGCUCCUUUCCCUGACCUCUCGGGCUCGAAAAGUGGUUUCUGCCGCUCCCCGGGAAUAUCGGAUCCGUUGGGCGGGGUCGGGGGGAGCCGAGCGCCCCCUCCUGGGGACCGGCGGUCUGACUGCAGGGACCGCUGUGAGAACCUGAUUGGUUGAAGAGACAUUCCCUAUACCCCUGGGGAGCCUUAUCCCUUGGGGGGUGGACCCCCGGCUUAGUACCCCUGCAUCUCCUAUCUUCGCAAGGCCACUUCCCUAGUGGCCUAUGUCCCUUACUCGGGGUCAUGGAGACCCUGCGGCCACCACGGCGGCGCCUCUGUCUGAAGAAGGGGAAGUGACCUCCGGCCUCCAGGCCCUGGCCGUGGAGGACACCGGAGGUCCCCCUGCUUCGGUCAGUAAGGCCGAGGAAGACAGGGAAGGAGACCGGGAGGAGGCCGAGCGAGAGGAGCCUGGGGCACAGGAGGCGCAGGAAGAAGCCCCCAGCGCUGCGGGGGAAGAGCCUGCAGAGGGAGAAUCCGAGGACUGGUGCGUGCCCUGCAGCGAUGAGGAGGUGGAGCUGCCUGCGGCCUGGAUGCCCCCGCCCUCCGAAAUCCAGCGGCUCUAUGAGCUGCUGGCUGCCCAUGGUACCCUGGAGCUUCAGGCAGAGAUCCUGCCCCGCCGGCCGCCCACACCUGAGGCCCAGAGUGAAGAGGAGAGAUCCGAUGAGGAACCGGAGGCCAAAGAGGAGGAAGAGGAAAAACCGCACAUGCCAACGGAGUUUGACUUUGAUGACGAGCCAAUGACACCAAAGGAUUCCCUGAUUGACCGGAGACGCACUCCAGGAAGCUCAGCCCGGGGCCAGAAACGGGAGGCCCGCCUGGACAAGGUCCUUUCAGACAUGAAGCGGCACAAGAAGCUGGAGGAGCAGAUUCUUCGCACUGGCAGGGACCUCUUCAGCCUGGACUCAGAGGACCCCAGCCCCUCCAGCCCCCCGCUCCGGUCCUCAGGGAGCAGUCUCUUCCCCCGGCAGCAGCAGCGGAAAUACUGAUGGCUGCUGCUCCCUCCUCCAGGGGCAGAGUCCGCACCUGCUGGGGCCGGGCCCCCCUUCCCCAGCCCUGGACAGCAGGGGACACGGGCAGAGGAGAGGAAUGCCAAGCUCCCGACAAAGCACCUGGCAGGAAGGAAGGGGUCUGUGCGUGUGUUUUUCUGUUGAACGUCUAUUUGGAGAUUGGGGCUGAAUUUCCUAAGUCUGAAAUAAAAGAUGCAAAAUUAUCUUAAGGGGCUGUGGCUUGAUCCUGGACAAUUGGCCACACUUGGCAGGGAGGGGUGGGUUGAGAGGUAGAUUUGUACUCACACAGAUUGGGAAAUUAAAGCCAGAUGGGUCAAAGGUGAACUCAGCACCUGCCCCCUGUCUCGGGCCCUGUCACCCUUCAGUCU